CUCCGAGCCUACGGGCUCAGCCCCGGGAGGGAGGGGCCGUCGCGGGAGGGGGCUGCAAGGAGGCUGUCGCGCUGUUCCGGAGGGUGCCUGCGGCGGCUGAAUUCCUGUGCUGCGACUGUGCCGCGCCCAGAGCAGCAGCAACAGCGAAGAUGCGAGGCCAUUACCUGUUUGAUCCCUGUCGGAAACCUGGCACGGGCCAACUUUUCCCGAUUAUCACGCCAAGAAGUUGCAAGGACUAGUCGAAGACUCGGAGGGGCCAGGGCGAGGGCGCGCUCCCCCGCGCGCUGCCUCCUCCCUCCUCCCUCCGGCCGCCCGAGCUCCCGGCCUCUCUCCCGCCCGCGCUCACUCCCUCCGCCCGCCUCCCUCCUCUGGCCCCCUCCGCGCGGCACAGGGCGGGGGGUGCCGCGAAACUCCGACCCGAGCCACUUGGACUUGCACAGUGUCCGCCGGGCGCAGGGGCCGACCGCACGCAGUCGCGCAGUUCUGCCUCCGCCUGCCAGUCUCGCCCGCGAUCCCGGCCCGGGGCUGUGGCGUCGACUCCGACCCAGGCAGCCAGCAGCCCGCGCGGGAGCCGGACCGCCGCCGGAGGAGCUCGGACGGCAUGCUGAGCCCCCUCCUUGGCUGAAGCCCGAGUGCGGAGAAGCCCGGGCAAACGCAGGCUAAGGAGACCAAAGCGGCGAAGUCGCGAGACAGCGGACAAGCAGCGGAGGAGAAGGAGGAGGAGGCGAACCCAGAGAGGGGCAGCAAAAGAAGCGGUGGUGGUGGGCGUCGUGGCCAUGGCGGCGGCUAUCGCCAGCUCGCUCAUCCGUCAGAAGAGGCAAGCCCGCGAGCGCGAGAAAUCCAACGCCUGCAAGUGUGUCAGCAGCCCCAGCAAAGGCAAGACCAGCUGCGACAAAAACAAGUUAAAUGUCUUUUCCCGGGUCAAACUCUUCGGCUCCAAGAAGAGGCGCAGAAGAAGACCAGAGCCUCAGCUUAAGGGUAUAGUUACCAAGCUAUACAGCCGACAAGGCUACCACUUGCAGCUGCAGGCGGAUGGAACCAUUGAUGGCACCAAAGAUGAGGACAGCACUUACACUCUGUUUAACCUCAUCCCUGUGGGUCUGCGAGUGGUGGCUAUCCAAGGAGUUCAAACCAAGCUGUACUUGGCAAUGAACAGUGAGGGAUACUUGUACACCUCGGAACUUUUCACACCUGAGUGCAAAUUCAAAGAAUCAGUGUUUGAAAAUUAUUACGUGACAUAUUCAUCAAUGAUAUACCGUCAGCAGCAGUCAGGCCGAGGGUGGUAUCUGGGUCUGAACAAAGAAGGAGAGAUCAUGAAAGGCAACCAUGUGAAGAAGAACAAGCCUGCAGCUCAUUUUCUGCCUAAACCACUGAAAGUGGCCAUGUACAAGGAGCCAUCACUGCACGAUCUCACGGAGUUCUCCCGAUCUGGAAGCGGGACCCCAACCAAGAGCAGAAGUGUCUCUGGCGUGCUGAACGGAGGCAAAUCCAUGAGCCACAAUGAAUCAACGUAGCCAGUGAGGGCAAAAGAAGGGCUCUGUAACAGAACCUUACCUCCAGGUGCUGUUGAAUUCUUCUAGCAGUCCUUCACCCAAAAGUUCAAAUUUGUCAGUGACAUUUACCAAACAAACAGGCAGAGUUCACUAUUCUAUCUGCCGUUAGACCUUCUUAUCAUCCAUACUAAAGCCCCAUUAUUUAGAUUGAGCUUGUGCAUAAGAAUGCCAAGCAUUUUAGUGAACUAAAUCUGGGAGAAGGACUACCAAAUUUUCUCAUGAUCUCACCUAUACUUUGGGGAUGAUAAUCCAAAAGUAUUUCACAGCACUAAUGCUGAUCAAAAUUUGCUCUCCCACCAAGAAAAUGUAAAAGACCACACUUGUUCUUCAAAAACAAACAAAACAAAACAAAACAAAAUUAACUGCUUAAAUGUUUUGUCGGGGCAAACAAAAUUAUGUGAAUUGUGUUGUUUUCUUGGCUUGAUGUUUUCUAUCUACGCUUGAUUCACAUGUACUCUUUUCUUUGGCAUAGUGCAACUUUAUGAUUUCUGAAAUUCAAUGGUUCUAUUGACUUUUUGUGUCACUUAAUCCAAAUCAACCAAAUUCAGGGUUGAAUCUGAAUUGGCUUCUCAGGCUCAAGGUAACAGUGUUCUUGUGGUUUUACCAAUUGUUUUUCUUUCUUUUUUUUUUUUUUUUUUUUUUUUUUUUUAGAUUUGUGGUAUUCUGGUCAAGUUAUUGUGCUGUACUUUGUGCGUAGAAAUUGAGUUGUAUUGUCAACCCCAGUCAGUAAAGAUAACUUCAAAAAAUUAUCCUCAAGUGUAGAUUUCUCUUAAUUCCAUUUGUGUAUCAUGUUAAACUAUUGUUGUGGCUUCUUGUGUAAAGACAGGAACUGUGGAACUGUGAUGUUGUCUUUUGUGUUGUUAAAAUAAGAAAUGUCUUAUCUGUAUAUGUAUGAGUCCUCCUGUCAUUGUAUUUGGCACAUGAAUAUUGUGUACAAGGAAUUGUUAAGACUGGUUUUCCCUCAACAACAUAUAUUAUACUUGCUACUGGAAAAGUGUUUAAGACUUAGCUAGGUUUCCAUUUAGAUCUUCAUAUCUGUUGCAUGGAAGAAAGUUGGGUUCUUGGCAUAGAGUUGCAUGAUAUGUAAGAUUUUGUGCAUUCAUAAUUGUUAAAAAUCUGUGUUCCAAAAGUGGACAUAGCAUGUACAGGCAGUUUUCUGUCCUGUGCACAAAAAGUUUAAAAAAGUUGUUUAAUAUUGGUUGUUGUAUACCCAAAUACGCACCGAAUAAACUCUUUAUAUUCAUUCAAAGAAUAAUCUUCCAACAUGUAUUUAUUGAGCGUCCAUUAUGUGCCAGUAACUGAAGUAGCAACUGGAAGUAAACAUUGUAUAAUGUAGAUAAGGUCACUGUCCUCAGAUAGUCUGCAGUCUAGAGAUUCAUAUUAACAUGAACACUUUAAAGUGUGUUUAUUUUACUAGUUACUGUACUUUCACUUCAGAUUGGUACAAAGGAAUUCACAUUCCCAUUCAGUAGUCAAAUUAUACAAAUGAGACCUUUGUGCUAGUAUUUUCUCUGCCACUCACAGUGUCAUUUCCCCUCUCUGUUGCUUAUUUCUCUCCUCUCUAGAGGGAAUACACAGGACUAAAUAUCUAGUGUCCUUUCUACCGUUGAGAACUGAAGGAAAAUGUAAAUUUUUUUUAAUGUUGAUGACUUUUCUCUAGCUCCCCAAAGCUGCAUUGUCUGGCAAUGAACACUUUGAGAACAGUCAAUACAGAUGCUCUCUGACUUACAAUAGUUCAACUUACAUUUUUUUGGGGGGCUUUACAGUGGCACAGAAGCAAUAGGCAUUUAGUAGAACUCAUACUUUAAGCACCCAUACAACCAUUUUGCUUUUUAUUUCCAGUACAGUAUUCAAUAAAUGACAUGAGCUAUUCAACACUUUUUAUUACAAAAUUUGCUUUGUAGUACAUGAUUUUGUCCAACUGUAAGCUAAUAUAAGUGUUCUAAGCACAUUUAAAGUAGGCUAGGCUAAGCUAUGAUGUUUGCUAGGUUAGGUGUAUUAAAUGCAUUUUCAACUUAAGAUGGGUUUAUUGGUAUGUGACCCCCAUCGUAAGUGAAGGAUCAUCUGUAUAUGGAGGGAAGAAUUGUGAAAUACAUAAAACGUAAUUGACUAGUGCUUUUCAGAGCAUCUGCAAAUAAAAUUACUGGGGCCCCAAACAGCCUGCUUUUGCAAGGAGGGGAGACUCCUCAUUUCUAAGAUGUUUGGACCAGAUUCAGCAUGAGCUCCUAUCCCUGCCCACCCCAGCCCAGUCUAGUCACCUUGUAAUUUCAUGAGAUAAGUCCUCCUCAUCCUGCUUCAUCCUGCCUGAGCUCUAAACACACCUACAUGAGGUAAGCUCACCUGUCUAUCUUGGAUGCAGGAUCCUUUGUACCAUGUUUUAAAAAUCAGGAGACUCUCACUCAACCACCUCUCCCUAUUAACUCUUACUAAUUUUCAAUCAGUAGGGAAAAGUAGUGCAUUGUCUCCCUCUUUCUCUAAGAACUUUAAAGUUUGGUCACUGACUACUUCAGUUGCUGGUCUUGCUUUUUCUGUUGUUCAGAAAUAGUGUAGGUCUGCUGGUAGUAAGCAAAUUAGCGCUAUGUGGGUCUCAGGGAUGCCUGCGUUAAUAGGAUGGAGUCAAAAUGCCCAGGAAGAAUCCUUUACCCCCAGCACUCUUUUUGAGCUGCCUUAAAGUUGUUUUAAACAGACAGUGGUGUUAAAAUAAAUUAAUAAGUAAAUAAAUAGUCCUCAAACCUUCCUACAAGUGAUGAUAUCAAUACUUUCACACAUCUUCAUUACACACACACAUACACACACACCCUUUCCCACCCCAUCCCCUCAUGCGCAUCCUUUAGUAGCAUUCCUCCUGGCAGAAAAUACUAGUCCUGCCACAUAACUGAUGAAAGAAAAAAAAGACUCUUUAGUCAAAUAGUUGUGGGAAACACUUCAAAUACUAUUGGGUCUCAGCUAUUAGCUCACAUCAGAAUCACCUGGAAGGCUUGUAAGACUCAGAUCACUUGACUUCACCUUCAGAGUUUCUGAUUGAGUGAGUCCUGUGUGGGCCCGAAAUUUGGCAUUUCUAAUAAGUUUCCAGGUGAUGCUGAGGCUGUUGAUCCUCGGGACUUUGACAACCACUGGUAUUAGUUCAUUCUCACGCUGCUAUAAAGAUACUACCUGAGACUGGGUAAUUUAUAAAGGAAAGAGGUUUAAUUGACUCACAGUUCUGCAUGGCUGGGGAGGCCUCAGGAAACUUACCAUCAUGGCAGAAGAUGAAGGGGAAGCAAGGACCUUUUUCACGUGGCAGCAGGAGAGAGAAUGGGAAAGCGCCACUUAUCAAUCAGAUUUAGUGAGAACUUCCUCACUAUAUGAGACAGCAUGGGGAAACCGCCCCGAGGAUCCAAUCACCUCCCACCAGGUCCCUCCCUCAACACAUUGGGAUUACAACUCUAAAUGAGAUUUAGGUGGGGACACAGAGCCAAACCAUAUCACACUGGCAUACACUAUUCCUUUCUUCAGGAUUAGCGUGCAUUAGCAGAUUAAUUUCUGAAAAGUCUUGUGUUAAAGAAAUCUGUUUAACUUUUACAAAUGCUGAGACAAACUUAUUGGGCCACAAAGCCCCAUUUUCAUGGAGCGUCUAUUAACAUUGCAGUAGAGUGGUAGUCCUCAGGCUUUUUAUGUGUACCUGAAUCACCUGUGGUGUUUUAUAUGCUUCUUUUGUUUUAAGCUUGGCCUGGGAAUCUCCUGAAUCUGAUACCUACUGUUCUAUGCCACAGCACUUAAUGUCAGUGUUCUAUGGCAUAGCACUUAAUGUCAGUUUUCCACCCCAUCUGUGAACGUAUAUUCAAUCAUUAUACUGUAUUUAGCCUGAGAAUGAAUAUGGAAAAGAAAACAACACUUUCUUCAGGCUUUUUGCAACUUUUUAAAAGCAAAACAGGCUCCAAUUCCCCCUCCCAGGAGUUUUGUUUGUAUCCAAAGAGAGGACAUGCUUAUUGCCAUGGAAUCCUUAAAGGACUGAGAGGGAAGUGAUCUGUGGCACUCCUCCCCUCCCUAACCAGUACAUUUGUUCCGGUUUUAAGCCAGUCAAGCUCACCGAAGAGUUUUUCAAAGACCUUAGCUACAUGGAUUUAACUUUACCAAGCAUCCACUGUCCAAAUGAACAUAUGAGGGAAAAUGAAUAUCUCUUCAUCUACAUCAGCUGACCAUAACUAUGCUGUGGAUAAGGGGUGGUGGGAUCAGAACUGAUAACCAUUUUCAACAAAUUUCAUACGAAUGUGUCUUAGAAGCCUCAUUUAGAUGCGAUGUCAUUCAUGGGUAAAAUUGAAAUGUGCCUUCACUGGCAGAAUCUUUAAACAACAAUCUCUGCAAGACAAUCUACGCUUUUUUCUAUUGUUUCUGAAAAUCCUUUCAACCUCUAUUCAAAGCCAUUUUCUCACUUUAGAAAUUGAUUACAGCAGGACUCUGAUUGUCAGCACAAAAAUCUGUACAGGGAUAUGGCAGUGGCAUAAUAGAUGACCAUUUCCAAUUAUAAAACAAUUAGCAAAGUAUAGCUAGGUCAGGCCACUAGUACCCUUCAAAUUCUUAACCAUAUUUACAAAGACAGCUUUUCAUAACUUUUAUUGCUCUGUCCACAAAGAUGUGGUCUCAUGGUUUCACACGAUUGAGAAUGCUACAAGUAAUAGUAUACUGAAAAGAACAUGUCUCUAAUUCUGGACUGCUCUUUAUCUCCAAGAAACAGAGAGAGAGAAAAUGAAAAAAAAUCCCAGCUUAGAGGAAUUUUGGAAGUUACUCUUUCAUGAACCAUCACAUUUUCUGGGCCUUUUUAAUCUUUAAACACUGUUACUCUUUAGAGGUUGGUUUGAAUUUGUUGCACAGAGAACAAUAAUCUAUGACAAAUCAAUGAACCCUUUUGCUAAUAUCACAUGAGUACAAGUAUCUUGUAUUUUUCAUCACAUUUACCGUAAUAAAGAAUGCAGACACGUAUAAUACCUGGCAUCAUUUUGGGGAUUUUCCAAUUUCUAUGUGGGCAUACUGGAAGAAGUUUGUAACAGUUGCAAUUCUGUCACAAUGCAGGAAGUCUUUCUAGAACACACAGUGUGGAUGAUUUUCAGUUUUAGAAUUGUAAACUAAUUAACCAAAUGUCAAUUCAGUUUCUCAUUUUAUAUUAGUUUUUGUUACAAACACUGCCUCUCUAUUUCUCUUUUGUACAAACACUUCACACACACACACACACACACACACACACACGCGCACACACACACACGGGCACACACGUAGAUGGGCCUCCAAAAGAACUCAGAGCUGCUGUCUUCCUCUGGGAGGAUGAUCAUAUGUCUAUUCAGUUGGGAGAAUGGAGCAGUCAAGUUCAAAAUCCAUGUGGCUCUCUGGCUUCAGAAGCUAUCCUUUCAGCUAUGACACACACACUAAAUAGUAUUGCCCAGGUUUGCCCUACAACAUGUUAGCAUAUCUACAUAUUUUGUACUGUAAUAAUGUGUACGCUGUUAAUUAUUUGUUUUUAAUGCUGUGUAAAGUUAGCAAUUAGAGUAAGAGAAACGUAUGGGAUAAUGACUGAGUAAAAACUCAGCUCCUUUUGAGUCAAUCACUCGGCUUGUUGGCACAGUAGAUAUUUAUUACCUUAAGUACUGUCAGUGCUGCACAGCACAUUACUGAGGCCUGGAUAAAGCAUUCACACAAAGAUAAAUGGAUUGAAACUGUGUCAAUUUUGUAGAAAAAGAUAUUCUGGGGUUUAGUAACAGAGAAUUUUUCUUUCCUUACUGCGAUUAAUAAAGUGGAACUCCAAUUGCAAGUAACUAUUCAGUUUUAUGUUCUUCACAUAUGGAAACCUCUCUGUCACUAAUACCCUGGGACAAACUGGAUGAUUACCAUCCAAGUGUUAUUUUCUUCCUCGAAAAUUUCAAAACCAGAAUGAAUUAGUUCUCCAAGUCUGGCUAUACUAUAGUUUUCUUCUUAAUGUAAAACAGCUGAAUAAAACAGCUUGAACAAUAGUUGACUUUCAUGGGUCUUAACGUUUCAAAAUACGCCACCAAUAUAUUUACCAACAUAUUUAGUGCCAGAUAUACACAAAACAAACACUACCCUAUUGUUUCUGUGUGCGUGUGUGUGUGUCUGUGUCUGUGUGUGUGUGUAGCAGGACACUAAAUAAAGAAGUCAUGUUGCUAUUCUUAGGGAAGUUUUGGUAAAGAGAGCUUCAAAGUUCCUUGGAGUCACCUGCAAGGCUAACUGUACUAAAAGCGGAAUUUGCAUGAUCUUUCUACAAACUCUCAGUGUAAAGUGGUAGAUAGACAUGCAAGCAUCACACUUAGAUUACAAUAAAUGCUGUGAUGUAAAAAAUACAACGGAGGAAAAAUUUUUGAUUAGGGAAAUUUAAACAUUUUCAAAGAAGAGUUAAUGUUUCAGUGGAGUCUUAAAAGAUGAGUAGGAAUUCAACAGCCAGAAGGGAAGUGUAGACGCUCCGUGUCACAUAAAACAAAACAGAACAGAAUAGUAUAAGUGAAGGCAUAGAGCUUCACAUGAAAGGCACAUGAAAUAGCACUGGGUAUCUCUAAAAUAUUAAUUAGCCUAGUGUAGCUGGACAAUGAGGGGCAGAGCCCCUGGUAUGCAAGUGAUGUCUGGGAAAGGAGCAAUCUUUCUACAGUGCCUCAUUCCAUCAUACCUCAUUACCAGAAAAACAUUAUGAGCCACUUAGGUCUGUAUUAUUUGAGCAUCUCUGAAAUGGAGUUGCUCUACAUGUUUUGUAGAAACCUAAUGAGUAAUUUAUUCUCAUCAGUAGACAAAAUGAAAGAAAAUAGACUAUGAGCAAAGUAUGAUUCACAACCUUGCCUAUUAGGCUAUAGAAGAUUGCCCUACUAAUUCCUCCUUUUCUUCUAUUGAACAAUCUGUAUUUUGCCUGCUCAAAAAGGAAUUCCUCAAGUUAUAGGGGUAGUUUGACCAGUACAAUCAUAUAAGAAAAAAUCAGCAAAAUUAUGUUCUAACAACAUCUUCCCAUCUAAAGUGCACAUUUUAUUUUUUUAAGGUAACAUAAUUACUAUGAACAACCGAAAUGGUAUAUAAAGGUGAAAAAUUAAAAUAAUUUUUUUUACAGCUCCACGUUACCUCAACCCCUAGACCCUGGUAACCACCAUUCAAUUCUCUGUUUCCAUUAGUUCAACUUUUUAAGAUUCUUUUUAUACAAAGGAUGUCAUGUAGCAUUUUUUUCUUUUUUCAUCUGGCUUAUUUCA